AUGUUAUUGCGCCAGGUGGCGGCAGACUCCCGCCGACUCUUGUUGGUCACAACACGCAGAGGAAGAGCAGCGCUGGGCCGUCGACCAUCGCCUCUGGACUGGAGCUCACGGACUGCGCUCAGGAUUCAGGUCGACCUUCUGACCGGCACCAUGUCCGACUUACUGCGAUAUAUCGACUACGACCACAAAGCGACCUUCCUAAAGAUGCUCAACCAGCAGCGCAUGGAGGGGGAGCACUGUGACGUGGUGAUCGUGGUGGAAAACAUAGAGUUCAGAGCGCAUCGUUGCGUCCUGGCCGCGUGCAGUAACUACUUCAAAAAGCUGUUUAAGAAACAGAACGAUGAGGACAACUCCAUUGUGGAACUGGACUUUAUCCGCUCUGAUAUUUUUGAGGAGGUGCUGAAUUACAUGUACACGGCCCGUCUGGCUGUGAGGAAGAAGGACAUCAACAUGAUGAUGUCGUCUGGACAGAUUCUGGGCAUUAACUUCCUGGACAAUCUGUGCUCACAGAAGAGAGAGCUGACCAACAUGAAGACACGAGAGAACCAGGCGCCCGGAGAUCACCUCCGAGCCCAGGACGCCAUCCUGAAGGAGCUGGCCAUGGAGGAGGUCCGUAAGAACAGCUUCUAUGACCAGGGCAUGGACGCCAUGACGGCCACAGCCUCCCACGUCAACCAGCCCCACGCAUACACCACCACCCUCCCCAAAGACCCCCACCCUCACAGCUGGGCCGCCGCCACCACCACAGACAUGAAGCUGGAGUAUUUACUCUACGGUCACCGCGACCACGGGGCCCUGCAGACGCCUGGCUCCAAAGCACUUGACCACAGCGCCAAAAAGGAGCGCCUGCUCACCGCCAACAGGCCCUACGCCUGUGAACACUGCACCAAAGCCUUCACCACCGCAGCCCACCUCAAGGAGCACCUGAAGAUCCACUCUGGAUUCAAACCGCACCGCUGUGUGGUGUGUGGAAAGGCCUUCAUCCGGGGGCCCGACCUGAAGAGGCACGAGCGCGUGCACAGCAACGAGAGGCCCUUCUCCUGUCAGCUAUGUGAAAAGGCCUUCAAACACAAGUCUCACUUGAAGGACCACGAGCGGCAGCACCGAGGAGAGCGGCCCUUCAACUGUGGCUCCUGUGACAAAGCUUUUAUCAAAGCUUCGGACCUAAAACGCCACUGGAACACCAUGCACAGUGCCAACCCACGCAGACAGAUGGCGCUGUCCCCAGCGGGAGGACAGGACCCCACUGACCAGAGAGACUGGAAGCUGGAGACCGGGCCACACUCACACAACUCUGAGAACUGCUGA